CGAAGGCGAAAACUGAUAACUUUGCCGCCUUUUUCAACAAACAGCAGAAUUUUAUCGGAGAGAAAACGUCGCUUGUCGCUGAUCAGAAGUCAGAGAAUUAAGAUCUUAAUUGUUGUGCCUAUGCGCUUUUUGUCAACAUGUCUCCAAUAAAACAAGAUCAAUCUGGCGCGGAAAACAUAGAACCAACGGGGGUGGACCUGAUGAAAAUGAGAAAGCUGGCAAUGACGGAAAUGCAAUCCGCCAAAGCUGUUUUGCUCACUGCUGCCAAUGAGUUCAACGGAAAGUUAAAAUAUGACAAUAACAACCAGAGGCGAGUGACCAUGUCACCAGGAAAUUUUCGAAGGGCAGCAAGUCCCUUGCUAGAGAGGAAAUCCUCAAGGUUGUCUGGAAAGCCUAUUAUUGAUUACACAGGACUCGACUUUGAGGAAAACAUGAAGGGAUCCAGGAAAACCAAACUCAGUGAUGACAAUUUUAUGUCAAGGUUGUCAGUUGGAAAUGGUCCUAGAAAGCGCAGGCACACUCACACUCCUUCGAGCAGGGCUCAACCCGUUGAAAUUCUCAGUGUUGAAGAUGUCACUGAGGAAAUGAUUAAGAACAUCAAUUACUGCACUGGGAACAAAGUUUACAGUGCUGAACUGGGCAAAUCUUGCCACCAGUGCCGGCAGAAAACUAUCGACACGAAGUCUGUUUGCCGAUCUGGCUUCUGCUUUGGGGUGCGUGGACAGUUUUGUGGAGCCUGUUUGAAAGAUCAUUACGGAGAGGAUCUUGCAAUCACUCUCAGAGACCCUAAAUGGAGUUGCCCCAUGUGCAGAGAAAUUUGCAACUGCUCCUUCUGUCGAAAGAGGGCUGGCAAGUUGCCCCUUGGUCAAAUUUCUGGCUACGCUAGAAGUCAGGGCUAUGAAAGCGUCCAUCACUUCUUGGUGGACAAAGAGGGGAAGUUCGACAAAGGUGAUAGCGAAGAAGAAGCAGAGGAGUUGAAGGAAGUUGACGAUAUUGGAGAUUUCAUUGAGGACGACGAAGGAAAGCCCAUGGGCAGGAAAAACAGAUCUGCCAAUUUGACUAUAAAAUUUGCAUUUCGAAAGCCCAAAAGGAAUUCCUCUGCCUCCAACAAAAAGAAACUGCCUCCCAAAUCAAAGAAAGAUGAAUUUGAACAGUCCAUAGUACACAAUGAUGAGCAGCUUUUUAAGUUGCAUUUUGAACAGAAACUUUCUGAAACAAUGCCAAAGAUCAUUGAAAAGGGAGAGAAAUUUUAUGGUUUCAGUGACAAUGAAAAAAAGAGCAUUGAGGAAUACCAGCUGAAAGAAAAGCCACUGUUGUUGGCAAUGAAUGACAACAAAACCCUUUAUGACGCACUUGAUAGGAAACAAAAAUUUUUUGGUUUUUAGUUUGUUUCAAACAAAAAACUUUUGAAUUUUGUUUAAUUUACUUUUGAUUACUCAGUGAAUCUUCUCAACUAUUCUAUUGUAUCAUAUGAAGAAACAAGCUUAAUGAAAAAUUAAAUUUUAAGAUUAUAUCAGCGUUUUACAAUUUGACGAAUGCAAAUUUUUGAAGUCUUAUUAUCGGUAUUGCAAAUAAACGAAAAUAUAAAAAUUUCAAUUAAAAUUGUAUUUUU